UUGGAACACAUUUAUUUAUGAGAUGAAAGUUUUCUCUCUUUUCUCCCAUCACUCACUCUUUCACUCACACUUUCUCUCUCUUCAAUGUGGCCUUGAAAGUUGAAACAGCUUGAAAGUUGAAACUCCUCACCCAUGCCACAAUUUUCCUUUUUCGUUCCUCGCUUUCUCUCCUCUUUCCGGGAAAAUCGAGUUCUCUCUUUUCUCUCUCUCAUGUUCUCACAAGUUAGUAGUACACCAUUUAUUAUGGAGUGAAUAGCAUAGCUGAGAUAGAGACUUGUGGCAGCUGAAAAGAAAAUCAGAGAAAGGAUUUGAGUAGGUUGGUUUAUCAGGGGGUACUUUGUUGGAUUAGCAUUGAGAGUCUCAAGGGGUGUUUGAGUAGAUUGAGAUGAACUGGAUUGACUUUCAACCGUGUGAAGGAUAUGAGUGGAAUUGUUUGUAAGGUUGUGCUGAAGAGAUUUUGGAAUGGUGCGCAGGUUGACUUUAGUUAUAAAGUCAGAUUUGUGUCUGAUGAUCACAGUUAAUGUUGGACCAUAAUUGGCUGAUUGCUGGGAUACGAGGAGAAGCUAGUUAGUUGAAUUGUGGCAAUUGUGGUGUACUGAUUUGCGAGUUGAAAGUUCUUUGUCCUUUAAUUUAUCUUGAUAAUUAUGGUUAAUGUUUCAAGCUCUUAACAUCUUGGUGAAUGGCAUGUAAAUGUUUUGCUAGUAAUAUACUUAACUAGCAGCAAUAUAAUUUAUGGCUCACUGAGUUUUGGUACUUCCCAUUGUUUCUCCGUGUAUCAUUAAUUCCCUGUAGCCUUACUCUUCGUUGUACUAAAAGAGUAAAAUGGAAGCAGAGACAUUGAAUGCUAAUCACCCUCCCAGUUUGCUUCACCGGUCGCUUCCUGCUGUUGUGCCUAUGCUUUUGAUUUCAAUAGGAUAUGUUGACCCUGGAAAGUGGGUGGCAAUUGUUGAAGGAGGUGCACGAUUCGGAUUUGAUUUGAUGGCUUUCGCACUUAUCUUCAACUUUGCUGCAAUCUUCUGUCAAUACAUAUCAGCAAAGAUUGGUGUUGUCACAGGAAAAGAUCUUGCUCAGAUUUGCAGUGAUGAGUACGACAACUGGACAUGUAUGCUCCUUGGAGUUCAAGCAGAACUUUCGGUGAUCAUGCUAGACCUUAACUUGAUAUUGGGCAUGGCACAUGGAUUAAAUUUUCUUUUUGGGUGGGACUUGUUCACUUGUGUCUUUUUAACCGCUACUGGCGCUGUUUUCCAUCUCCUUCUUUUUGUCUUCCUUGACAUUGAGAAGGCCAAGAUCGUGGGCCUGUUUGUGUCAUGUUUUGUAUUUCUUACAUUUGUACUUGGAACACUCAUUAAUCAACCAGACAUUCCAUUAUCCAUUAAUGGAAUAUUAACAAAGUUGAGUGGGGAGAGUGCAUUUGUGCUGAUGAGUCUUUUAGGAGCAACUCUUGUGCCUCACAACUUCUACCUUCAUUCCUCUAUUGUACAGUGGCAUCAGGGAUCAACUACUAUUUCUAAGGAUGCUUUAUGUCAUAACCAUUUUUUGGCCAUCAUAUGUGUCUUCAGUGGCCUUUAUUUGGUAAAUAAUGUGCUGAUGAAUGCUGGAGCAAAUGAGUUCUACAGUAUGGGUCUUGUUUUAACUACUUUUCAGGACGCAUUAUCUCCAAUGGAACAGGUGUUACGUAGUCCAAUAGCCAUGCUUGCUUUUUUACUCAUUCUGUUUUUCGCAAACCAAACUACAGCAUUAACUUGGGGUUUUGGUGGAGAAGUAGUUGUGCAUAAUUUCUUAAAAUUGGACAUUCCAGGUUGGCUUCAUUAUGCUACUAUUAGAGUAAUUGCUGUUUUGCCCGCCCUUUACUGUGUUUGGAGUUCAGGAGCUGAAGGGAUGUAUCAACUACUUAUAUUCACUCAGAUUGUGGUAGCUUUGCAACUUCCAUCUUCUGUGAUCCCCCUUUUUCGGAUAGCCUCAUCUAGAUCAAUAAUGGGGGUACACAAGAUCCCUCAAUUUGUGGAAUUUUCGGCCUUGAUCAUAUUUAUUGGGAUGCUUGUCUUGAAUAUUGUCUUUGUUGUAGAAAUGAUAUUUGGUAGUAGUGAUUGGGUGGGCAAUUUGAGAUGGAACGUGGGGAAUGGUGUCUCUCUCUCUUAUUCGGUUCUUCUUUGCACUGCUUUUGCAUCAUUCUGUUUGAUGCUUUGGUUAGCUGCCACACCAUUAAAAUCUGCAAGUAUUCAAUUAGAUGAAGCAUGGAACUGGGACAUGCCACAGGCUACACCAGAACCUCGGAUUGAUAACGAGGAAACAGAUUUAAAUGAAACAAGAUAUCAUGGAGAUGCAUCUGUUCAGGUGAUGGAACCAUCACCAGCUCUAACAAGGACCCUGGAAUACUCAGAAUUACCUGUUGCAAGUUUUCAUCAUGAACUACCUGAAACUAUUAUGGAGCCUGAUGUUCCAGUGACUACUGUAAGAGAGACUCAUUCAUUUACAUCAUUUCCUUGCUCCCUAACACCUGUUGUUAAGGAAUCAACUUCCACUUCAGAAUCAGAAGCAGUGCCAGCUACAAGUACUGAUACUUCUGGUAUUAGUUUGGGAGAUGCCAAAACUUUAAAAACAGACAUUAGUGCUCCUGUUGAGAAAACUGUAGAAGUUGAGGGAGAUUCAAAUGCCGAAAGGGAUGAUGAUGAUGGAGAUUCAUGGGAAACUGAAGAAAUAUCAAAAGUGGUCUCACUUGCCCCAUCUUCAGCACCGGAUGGCCCAGCAUCAUUCAGGAGUCUUAGUGGGAAAAGUGAUGAUGGAGGUAAUAGCAUUGGAAGUCUUUCAAGAUUAGCAGGUUUAGGGCGUGGUGCAAGACGUCAACUAGCUGCUAUUCUUGACGAAUUCUGGGGGCAGCUUUAUGAUUUUCAUGGUCAAUUUACCCAGGAAGCUAAGGCUAAGAAGCUUGAUGUUUUACUGGGAGUGGAUUCAAGACUCACUGGUGCUUUGCAGAAAAUGGAUACAUGUGGAAAGGAACAUUCUGGGCACUGGAUAUCUGCAGGAAGUAGAGCGGAAACUCUGAUGAGCUCCGCUCCAUAUGACUCUCCCAAGCAGCAUAGGAUGCAAAGUAAUUUUGAGCCUUCCUAUGAGCCUCGAAGGAGUUAUCACUCCGUGAGGACAAAUCCCGUGCAGUUUAUGGAUGAAUAUGUUCAGAGCUCCAACCGCAAUCUCCUUAGUGCUGGUGAAAGGCGUUAUUUCAGUGUGCGCAAUCUACCUACAUCCGGGUCCUGGGAUAAUCCGCCACCUACUGUACAUGGUUAUCAGGUUGCAUCAUAUAUUAAUCAGGUUGGUAAAGAGACAAAUUCUGAUAACUUAAAUGGUCUGAUGGAAUCCCCUUCCAUGGGUAUUAUGAACAACUACAGGAAUUCUAUUAGUAAUACAAACAACUACAGGAAUUCUAUUGCACUUGCUAUGGGGCAAAAGUUGCAAAAUGGUUCAGGUUUAAGCCAACCCCCAGGCUUUCAGAACAUUGCUGUCCCUAAUAAGAAUAGCCAAUUGCCAUCUGAGAGGUCCUGUUAUGGACCUACGGAUAAUUCAGUCGGUUCAGUUAAUGCUAAGAAGUACCACAGUUUGCCAGACAUUUCAGGAUAUGCCAUCCCUCACAGGGAUGCUUACAUAUCUGAUAAGAGUACUAUGUGGGAUGGUUCUGUUGGUGGCCAUAGAUCUUCUGCGGGUAGGACUCAUCAUGAACAGUCAUUAUUUUCAAAUUCCGGAACAAGGACAGGAGCUCCUUUAGCCUUCGAUGUACUCUCUCCAUCAAAAGUCUACACCAAUGUACUUUCUUCCCAGUUGAGUUCUGGUUUGGGCACUGGAUCCCUCUGGUCCAGACAGCCUUUCGAGCAGUUUUGGGUGGAUGAUAAAGUUCAUAAUGCUGCAACAGAAGAUGUUGGAAAUAGACCUAGUGCAAUUACUCAAGAAACUACUUCGGUUGUGGAUAUAGAUGGCAAACUUCUUCAAUCUUUUAGAAGUUGUAUUUUAAAACUCUUAAAACUGGAAGGUUCUGAUUGGCUGUUUAAACAGAAUGAUGGGGCUGAUGAAGAUCUGAUAGACCGGGUUGCUGCUAGGGAAAAAUUUUUCUCUGAAGUUGAAACUACAGAGAUGAAUCAGGCAAAUCCUAUGGGAGAGGGUCGCUAUUUGUCUUCUGAUGGGAAGUCUUAUUCUUCAAUGAAGAAUAAUGAGGCAAAUUGGUCUAAUUUUUCUGUGACCUCAAUCCCCAACUGUGGGGAUGGAUGUGUAUGGAGAGCAGACAUAAUUAUAAGCUUUGGGGUGUGGUGUAUCCACCGUGUUCUUGACCUCUCACUGAUGGAGAGCCGACCAGAGCUGUGGGGCAAGUACACUUAUGUACUUAAUCGCUUGCAGGGUAUAAUUGAUCUGGCUUUCUCGAAGCCUCGUAGUCCCAUGACAGCAUGCUUUUGCCUUCAAGUUCCCAUGACGUACCAGAUAAAAUCAAGCUCACCUCCUUCCAACGGGAUGCUGCCACCUGCUUCAAAACCAGGCCGCGGAAAAUGCACCACUGCGUCUGUGGUGUUUGAGAUGGUGAAGGAUGUGGAGAUAGCAAUCUCUAGCCGAAAAGGUCGUACAGGAACUGCUGCUGGUGAUGUAGCCUUCCCAAAGGGAAAGGAGAAUUUAGCAUCUGUUCUCAAACGGUACAAGCGUAGAUUAUCCAACAAACCAGUUGCCACUCAAGAAGGGAUUCGCAAGAUUCCCACAUCAGCACCAUACAACUCUUAGCAUUAACAAAAGCAAUGUUCCUUGGGCUGUUUUGAUUUGUGAAGAAGCAGUUCAUGCUUUAGAUCGAAGGAUACCAUGGGCAGUUUGUCGCCACAGAACUGCUUCUCCGUGUACCAAUCCUCGCUUCAGAUUUUAUUUCCUUGUAUGUUAUAUACACAUGAUAGGGUUAGAAUUACUAUAUGUAAUUGCAACAGAAUCGAAGGAAAAGAAAAAUGGUUAGAUGGAAACUGACUUCUACCAUUUUGGCUUAUUUUCCAUUACUCCGUUCUCAACUGCAUGCAAGGUGGGGAAACAACAAACAAAGCGCCCAAAAAAAUUGUCGACAUGUGGUCUUCUACACCAUGAAAAAAAUACUGUCGACAUGUUUUUAAUUGUGUGUUAUUGUGGCACUUGGCUUGCUUGCCAAAUUUUCGUUUUAUCAAGUCUUACCAUCUCUUUUUGGUAGGCCCAGUUAUUUGAAAUCACCA